CGCACCUUCGUUCGGUGAAGGUUGUCGUGUUCGUUUACGUAUUUUCGUUUGGCUUACGAGUAACGGAUCAUCUAUUCGUCAUUCCUUGAUCAGCUGAUCCCUGAUUCAGUGCCGACGACAACUAUUUGCCAUCGAUUCAGCCGUGUCUACCAACCACUCCCCUGCCGAUUCUUGACAACACCGUCGCCUACCAAGUGACAAGUUGCGAGCAACCGCGAAGAAAAUACUGUUAACGGCGAGAGAAGAAAGUCCAGAACGACCAGGGUCUGAUUGAAUAACCGCGGAAACUUAAAAAGGAAUUGUGGGUCAAGAUUCGAAGAUAGCUGGUCGUCAGAACGAUGUGAGAAGAAUAUAUUGGUGAACACCAAACGAGCUAAGAAGAUCCGACGAAAUCACGAACACGUGGCGGGACGUGAAGCGGGCGUUGAGCCUGCUAUGCGUAAAGAAAUUCGCCGGCAGCGGAACGAUGCUGGAAGCACCGCCCGGAAGUCGCGAGGACCUCGUGGAGGCGGCAAGAACACCAUGCACACCCACAGAUCUGGACACGGUGUUAUAUGGAUACACGAACAACAUAUACGUGCUGGACCACACACCUGAAUCGCUACCGGAUAUGGACAUGCUGCAACUGUUCGCAUCGCCGGCCGGUCGAGCAUUGUUCAGCAACGACAAUCGCCGAAGAGGAUCGACUUCGACCUCCUCCUUGUCUCGAGAGUCCUCUUCGAGACUGAAGAGAGGCAGAAGACCGUCGGUGACAGGGACAGUUAGUGCACCGACCACACCGCCCAGACAACGCAAGUCGAGUGCGGAACUUUACAAAGAAGCCGUCGAGAUACUUGGUCUUACCUGCUCGUUGACCGAUAGCUGCCGAUGCAUCGAUUGUCAGAGCAAUUACUUCGACUGUGACGACGAUUUUGGCGACGCCAGAACGGAAUUGGCUGCGGGAACACCGAUUCUACUGGACCACGCUCUGUCGCAUCCAUUGACGUGUUCCAUACAGUAGCAGCCGGGCAACCUGUUUGAAAAUCGACCUUCCGUUAGUUUGCUGUGCUAUCUUACCAACCGGAAAUCAUCGAAUUAUCGAAGUUUCGUCGAGAACACUGGACUGGGAACGAACCGUAGACGUUCAACGCGUACACUUUGAUGUGGAGAAACGAUCGAGCGAAGAUCAACGGAAAUUCGACGAAGAAUUUAAUGAACGGCACCACUGGCUCCUUAAUUAAGCUCAUAGUUUGAUCAGCGAUCGCGGAAAUGCUUCCUUUGAAUAAAAAAAUUUCACGGAAAGACUUAAUUAUCCGUGGACGAAUUCCGAAUCGAUAUUCACGGACUUUCUUUCAACGUUAAUUGAAAAAAGAAAAUGUAUAAUUCUUAAGAUUUUGUAUCGAUCUUUUGCGGUGGCGGUUGCAGAAAAACGUCUAUAUUUCAAUCAAUUUUUACGCAAUUUUAAUGAAAUUUCUACACGACGAUAACAACGUGCUUAAAUCUAUUUAUCGUCAAUGAAAAUAAGCUUGAAAACUUUUAUGGGGAAAGAUGAAAUAGAAACAAGUUAUUUCGCCGAUACAGAGGAUGUCGAUUAUGAUAAAAUAAAAUCUUGAACGUCUCGUGUGAUUCAUUCUAUCGUUGUUCUCUGGAAAAGAACAGUUCUAGCGACGUUGACUCUACAAAUAUAUAUCAUUUACGGACAAUAUUUAACAGAAUAAGUCGCAAUCGAUCGUUUUCCCUUGUUUUUAUAAAACCUGAAACGCAGGCUUACGAAACUUAGAAUAGUUACGCGUAAACGCUGUCUGAAUGUGUAAAAGUUUGUAACCGCGUCAACCAGGCAACUUUCGAUAUUAGAAAAAGAAAGGAGAAACGUUCAAGAAUUGACGCUCACAAAUUCCACGUUUUUAUUAGACAUAUUUCAUUCGCGUCGUCGUUGGCGAUAAGAAAUUUCGAGAAUAAGGGUACGUACAGACGAAGAAUAACAGUACCAGGAAACAAAAAUACAAUAUGCUCUUGCCUGGCUCAAAAUCGAAUUUAUCGAAGCGAAACGACACACGCCAAAAAGAAAAUGCGCCAAAUUUCUAAUUUAAUUAGUGAUAAAGAUAACGAUAAUAAGUAAAUUAAUGAAUAAAUAAAGAAACGAUAACUCUAACGAUUAUUUCGAUUUAAUCGGAAGGUGUAACGCGAUUAAGACGUAUGUGUAGGUAACAUUCAAAUGAUUCGUCAACGUACACGAUGUGAAGAAUAAUAUAUAUAUAUAUAUACAUAUACACAUUAUCUUUACUACACGUUUUAUUAUUACUAAUUAUACCUAUUCGAUUAAGUCUUAUAAGAUAUACACGUUGUUGAACGUUAUGAGCCCGCGAACAAAUAAAUAAAAAUGGAGCGAUAUAAACGAGAAUAGUUAACAUUGAAAGGAAGAAGCGUGACGUAUAUUACAUUAACAGAAUUUAUAUAUGUAAAGUCGAUACGUAUGUAUGUAUGUACGCGUAUACGUCGAAAACGUGUGCAAUUCAGUUUUAUAAAAAUGAUCUUUAGUUAGGUGUUUCGUGUUCAGUUAGUAACGCGUUGACUGUCGCUUUCGAUUCUAAUGUAACAUUUUGUUGACCUACUUAAUGUUCGCUCAAAGUAUUAUUGAGCGAUAGUCAAAUAUUUUAAUAGAGUUCUUCCGGAAUAUAAUAAGGGAAUUUGGGUUAUUCCUUAUAGAGGUACUUUAUCGUUCGUUUAAUUAAAUUGCGAACAUUUUAGAUCCAAGUAGAUUUAUACCUUUUGGUCGGAGACAAAUCUAGCGGCAAUCAAUGCGUAAGUCGUGACUAUAAUAAACAACGUAACCAUAAACGAAGCUAGGCCUGAGUUACGUAGGAUCGAGCGAAAGGAAGCGAGAAAGUGAAAUAUGUAGAAGCUGGGCGUUUCCGUGAGUGAUUAAGAAUGAAACGAGGAUGAGACAACUCGCGUUCAAGGGUGCAAGUGCCAAACUAAAGUUUAAUCGUGCGACGCUCGUAAGCUUAGGUGAUUCGUUAUUGAAAUAUCUUCUUAAUCCUCGUACGCUCUUCGAGUAAAACUCCGAUUAGAUAUCGGUUGAUUUCUAAAUUCAUUUUUCUCUCGUUAACCGUUAUACAUAUAAACAUCGUUACCAUUGAUCCAACUGUAGUUAGUUUUGAGAAGCGUACGGGGAUCAAGGAUUUUUCUUACUCGAUAGAUUAUAUAAUAAGAAUACAAGAAUAACGUCUUUCGAACUUGUUCAAUGUACCGUGCUUCCCUCGAACAUGGACGAAUAUUCAUCGUGUCGCUAAGAUUGUUAGACAUAUAAACAAAUCGUUUUGAUGCCUUUUGCUUUUCGAAUAGCCACCAAUAAUUGAUCAUUGAUUGCAAAAGUGGAAUUAAUAUUGAACCAUGACAAAACAGUUUCUCCCUGAUAGCAUCAAAAUAUUGUAAACACUUCGAUUUUCAAAUUUUAGUAAUUAUCGAUUAAAAGCAACGAGAUGGUUUAGAUUACUUUGUUUUGCUUUUGACAGCGACGCAUAGAUUAGAAGGGAAGUAUAGAGGAGCUUUGGUCACCUAGUUACGAACGGAAGAGGGUCGACGAAAUAAUAGAUCGUUGUCGGUUUAAACAUUCCAUUAACAGUGUUCCUUUGUUAAAAAUUAGUAGAGCGAUAAUGAGUGAAGAUCGUUGAAAUACUUUUGUUAUUCCUGUUGCUUAAGAAACCUCGCAUUUCCGUCUCUCUUCCGCUUUAAAAGCAGUCGAUCGACGAUACGAUCGAGCUGUCUUUCUCUCUUUCUCUAUUUCUCUAUCCCCCUAUUCCUGUAUUUCUCUCAUCGACGAAAGUAAAAAACAUAAUUAAAAAUAAUCGUUUUCCGAAUUUUCGAGAGACGGUAAGUGACGUUACGAUAUAAAACUACGUGGCUUCUAAUCGUUUUAUAGUAAUGUAAGCCGUAAUUGAGCCGAGGAUGAUGAGGAUGAUGGCGUACUCUUGAAUAUGGCUAUCAUUAAA